AUAAUACAGACGGCAGGUCUUGUCAUAUUGUCGUUGUUAAUAAAUGCGACGACAUACACGAAAGUGUUACGGAUUCUGGGUCUCUCAGAGAUUUCACUUGCUAAGAAGGCGAACAUGACGAACUGUGUGAAAAGAAUUAUGAGCACAAGAGACCGAUGUAUCUCUAUGUUGAAGAUGGACAAAUUCCUCGCUGAUGCUAACUGGGAUCUAGUGCAAUCAAAUACGUCGAUAAAGCAUCCGUACCAGAUCCAGAUGUCAGGUCGGGACCUGGACUCUGAUGACGACACCUACAUGGGCUAUCGGUACACCACCUGCCCCGAUUGUGAGCGAGAGAUCCCGAACGAACCCACCAAGAAAGAGUUUGCUGAAAUGAUGAGAGAAGCAAACCAACGCGUACUGAAAGCUUUAAAGAUAUCAUAUUGGCGUCAGUACGAACAUGGGAAAAUAAGUAAAGAUGGGGUACGUACUCUAGUACAGGCAGUCGAAGUUGCCGCCGACUUGGAUGAUGGGAAGAUUAAUAUUGAACAGUUGGGGACUCUGUGGAAACCUAAGGCCCAUGCAAUAUGGCUGCGUCGUAAACUAGUUGACAUGCUGACGACGGAUGCAGCAAACGCUCAGGUUCCCAGGGAUCCACACCGGCAACUCUGGUACCGUGUCGUCACCAACAGCUGGUUCGACGCGUUUAUAUACUUCGCUAUCCUGUGCAACACACCUGUCAUCCUGUGCGAGGUCGUGCUAAGAGGACCGGUCUCUACGACUGUUACGUAUUCUAUCAAAAUGCUGAAUUUAUUUUUCUACCUGAUCUAUUUUUUCGAGAUGGUAAUAAAAAUGUACGCGCUAACAGCACGCGGGUACUUCAAGUCUCAUUGGAAUAGAUUGGACUUUGUCAUACUUCUUAUGGCUACAGUUGAUCUUAUUCUGGACGUGAUCGACGCGGCGACGACCUGGGACAAAUGGAACAACUUGAACACCAGCGUGUUAACAGCAACCAAACUGUUACGAAUGUUGCGAUUCAUUAGACUCUGCAAACUUGCCAGGGUGUCUGUGCCGAAAGUGAUGUCAUACAUUGACAGAAUGAUUGAUGUGCAGCUGGCUUUCGGAUAUGACGUUGGAAAGGUUAGCAGUGACGCGUCAACUUGGGUUGCUCCAACGCGACAGACCCUGGACUGCCAUUACAGUGAAGACCAGACAAGCGACGACUUCCACUCUUAAUAUCAUGAUGUUAGAUGCUGUACAGCUUAAAGAAGAAGGAUUCUUGGAUGAAAUGGAAUAUCGUUUGCUCGUGAACGCUAUUCAAGAGAAGAUUCAGUUCUGUAGACACAAGGGCAGUCUGGUAGCGCCAUGUGCGCCAGAG